AUGCUACCUAAAGUAUUCGUUUUCUUCGCUACACUGGCCAUCUCCGUGACCGGCUUCGUCCAUCCUGGCCUCUUGCACACGUCUAAGGACUUAGACAGAGCCAAGAAUCACGUACUCAAGGGCGAUGAGCCAUGGACGACAGACUGGAAGCUUUUGCUGAACAAUAGCCGUGCGUCACCAACAUACAAGGCAGAUCCGCAGCCCACCAUUUACCGCGGCUCAGACGGUACUCAUGCGGAGAAUUAUGGCCGUCUCUAUAACGACGCACAUGCAGCGUAUCAGCUUGCUAUCCGAUGGCAUAUCCAGGGAGACGUCCAAUACGCCGACGCUGCUGUUGCCAUUCUCAAUGCUUGGUCGUCUACCAUGGUAGCUAUCGGUGGUAGCAGUGAUCGCUUCCUUGCCGCUGGUAUCUACGGCUAUCAGCUUGCUAAUGCAGCAGAGCUUUUGCGUUCAUACAGCGGCUGGAGUACCUCAGAUCAGACACAGAUGAAGACGUUCCUCCAGGAUGUCUUUUUUUCGGAGGGCUACAGAUUCUUGACAACCCAUAAUGGACAAGACGAGUAUCAUUAUAACUACACCGAGUCCGGUAGUGGUAAAAUUCUGUCCCAGGGCCAAGAGGCUGGGAGAGAUCAAGGCCACGCUACUCUGGAUAUCUCUCUACUCGGGGUUAUUAUGCAACAAGGCUUUAACCAAGGAGAUGACUUGUUUGCUACAUUGGGAGACGCUGGGCUUCAUGCCUCCGAAUAUGUCUCAAAGUACAACGUUGGAUACGACGUGCCAUAUACUCUGUACGAGAGUUAUGAGGGCAAUCAGACUGUCAUCUCAGCGAACAGCAGAUACACCUAUCGCCCAGGGUUUGAGGUUGUCUAUGCACACUAUAACGACAUCAAGCACGCCAACGCUUCCUGGACCAAAACGUAUCGUGAUCAAACCAAUGGGAAUUCUACCGCUGGGGUUGAAGGCGGCGGCGGUAACUAUGGCCCUAACAGUGGAGGUUUUGACGUUCUUGGAUAUGGGACCCUCCUCUACCGCCUUUCGGUCUGA